AUGGCGAAGAGAACAUGGUCUGAUGCCAAUGACAACAUGGAGUUUAUGACGAUCAAAUGUCUAAUGGACGAGAGCGGACCACCAUGUCGGCGAUGUUCCGAAAGAAAUCUGGGUUGUGUUUUGGGCAAGAACCUGCAGAGCAUCAUCGACGAGAAAACACAGUACAACGAAGCAGUCUUACAAGAUAUUGAGAACCUGCACAACACGUUGAGAGAAGUCACCAAGAAGAUGGGGCUACCUGAGCUAGCGGCACUACAGAGUUCAACGCUUCAGAAAGCAGCUGAGUCCCCGUCACAGCAGAGCCGGUCUGGCCCCGGGCUGGCUGCCAACGCAACCCGUUUCGGCGUGGCCGGGCAGGACAACCACGGUCCCUCGUGCGACAACUCCCCCAAGAUAUCCCCAGAAGACGAAAACCUCCCCCACGUACCGAUCCACUCACUCUACGCUCUUACAAAGCUGAGGGCGCUCAGAUCGCCAGACGCCCCGGAGGGCCAUUCCAGCCCGGCCCAAGAUGACUUCAUUGCCCGAGGUGCCCUGCGCCUAGACGAUGCCGAACGCCUUUUCCGUCUCUACCGAGAUCGUCUCGAUGCUUUCAUGUAUGGCGUGGGUUGCAAGUACCAACAACUGGAUGAGUUGCGUCGCAAAAGCCCUAUACUGGCUGCGGCGACCCUGACUGUUGCCGCGCUGCAUGAUCCACAAGCAAACAGCCUGUAUGGUAUCUGCAGCUCGGAGUUCAGGAGGCUUACAGAGAGAUCAAUGUUUGAUCGGCGAGUGAACCGUGACUACCUCCGCGCCAUGUGCGUGGCAUCGUACUGGCUCUCUGACAUGUCUUGGAUGUUGUCUGGGUAUGCAAUCAGGAGAGCGGCGGAAUGUAAUCUACACAACAGCUACACCCGCGCCAUACAAGAGAAGAGCGAGGAGGCUGCCGAUGGGGCACGGUUGUGGUAUAUAUUGAACAUUUGCGACCAACAUCUUGCCACCUUGUAUGGGAGGCCGGCGAUUGUGCAGGAGGACUCGUCCAUGCAACAAUGGGAGAGCUUUCUCCGAUCACCGAUAUCGACUGAGGAGGACAAGCGCCUCGCAAGUCAAGUUGCCCUCCUGGGCAUUAUUGGUAGCAUACGAGAGCUAUUCGGGCCUGACAAGGGUCAACCGACGCCACGAGCCUACGUCCACCAAAUCACUCACUUCAACAAGGAGCUCGACCACUGGAUCAAACAUUGGUCUGGAACGCUAUCAGGCCGCUUCCCUCGCAAAGGGGCUCUCCUACACUUCCACUUCGCCAAACUCCAUCUUUAUUCUCACAUCUUCCGGGGCCUCUCUGGAGACAGCCCGAUACCGCACCACUUUCUCGACUGCGCCGCAACAGCUAUCUCAGUAGCGACAUCAACCAUUGACUUCAUCAUCACCGACCCGGACGUCGCCGCAGGGGUAGUGGGCAUGCCCUCGUACCUGCACUGCAUGACGGCAUUUGCCUGCAUGUUUCUCAUCAAGGUGGCAGUCAAGUAUGGCGGAGACUUGUUCGAGCCGGACCGCGUCUGGAACCUGACCACGAGCCUCGUGCGGCACUUCCGAUCUCUACCAGCUGGUCAGUGGCAUUUAGCUAAUCUCAUGGCGCCUGGUCUCGAGCGCAUGGCUAGGACGUUGAAAUCUGGCCGUGGAGAUACAUCAGCGCAGGUAUUAAAUACGCAACCGGUCAACGGGGACCAGUCACAAGUCAUCGAUCCCCAGCUCGCUGGUGGUAGUGCUGAUGGGACUCUCAUGGGCCCAGAGGGAGAGUUUUUCUUUGACUAUGACAUGAGUUUUGGUCUGUCCCCAGUAUUCCAGUUCGACAUGACAUCGCUAAACGCGGAUGGUGCAACAAUUGGUGGUCAAGAUUUCGCAAACGUGGAGUAUCAGAUGGGAAGACCUGGUUCAUGA